AUGGGUGAUAAUUCUUCCUUCUGUUUUUCCGUCUUCUUCUCUGCCGAAAGGAAAGACAAAGGCGAGGGAGUCCUCGGAUGGGGAAACCCGCGAUUGAGAGGUCAGAUCACACCAUCCUCAUUGAUCCAACUCGGGUUGGUAUGCUCACAAAGAGAGACCAAUCCACAUGUGUUUAAGUUUGAGAGCCACCUUGUUCUCUAUGGGUCGAAUCCCCCGACCAAGACCUUGUCGUGGAUGGAGUUGCCCGAUGAUAAUAUGACUUACUGUUUAUGUUAUGGCUCCGUUGCUGGACAGUCAGCGGGAAUUCCGGGCUGUCCUUGA